AUGCUGUCUGCACAGCGAGCGUGGCGCGUGUCUCGGAAGGAGCCGGUUUUAUCCCUCGUGCUGUUCAUCCCCCUCGGACUCCUGCCAGUAGCCGCUGAAGGCCGAAAGGAGACCACGGCGGACGUUUUGACGCGGGAGGGCGCUGGGGUGGGAGCGGAGGAGGUGCGCCGGGACGCCGGCCGCACACGGGCCGUCUCAGGACGUCUCCCCGCAAAGCACUCGCUGACCGACCGCAAGGCCCAUGGUCCGCGGACCGGGAGACGCCUGCCAGGCGCCCGUGACGGGGCUGGGACCGGCAGACGCGGUGUGCGCCCCCAGCAGGAAUCCCUGAGAACGCCGCAGAGCCUUUCUUUCUUUUAA